GUUCUUAGUUGUGUACAUUCGUACGUGAUAAUUCCUUUAUUAUAUAGCUAGGCAGUGCGUAAAAUGUGUCACUUAGUAUUUCAUUCAAAUUAAUAGAUGUAGUUUUAUAAGAAAACUUUUUUUUAAUAAGUAGUUGAUUAUUAAUCAUACAAAAUAGUUGAAAAUGUAAAUAAACAUGAAGAAAUAAUUUAGGCAAUAAUUCUUAACGACGAAUCGCGGUUUUGAAGAAAGUUUCAAAGUACAAAUUCCCUAAUUACCCUAACAUCCAGUUUUUUUAUUUACUUCAAUUAAAAAUACAUAGUAUAAAUUUUAAAAUGGCGGAUAAAAAGAGUGAAAAUAAUAAGAAAAUAUGUGAAAUAUCAAACUUGACGGAAACUUUUGGACGAUAUCAAAUAAUUCAGUACACUCUGAUUUGUUUACCGGCUGUAUUCGUCACCAUGAUCAAUAUUAAUUAUAUAUUCGUUGCUGGAGAUAUUAAUUAUAGAUGUCGUGUACCUCAAUGCGAAACUGAAAAUUCAACGAGCCUCUACCCAUCAUGGUGGCCGAAUACAACCAUAGACAGAUGCACAGCCCCAGUUCUGAAGCCCGGCACAACCGUCUGUGCAAACGACAGCUUUACGGAUGAAGUGGAAACGUGCACGGAAUUUAUUUACGAGUCUGACAAUACUAUUGUUGCUGCGCUGGACCUGGCAUGCCAGCCGUGGAAGAUCAACCUGAUCGGCACCGUCCACAGCACCGGCAUGCUGGUCUCCAUGGUCGUGUCAGGAUGGAUGUCAGACAAGUUCGGUCGUAAGCCGACGCUUCUAUUCUGUGUGAUCGGUGGUAGCAUCGGCCACAUCAAGACCUUCGCGACCACCUACUACGUGUACGUUGUCAUCGAGUUCCUGGAGGCAGCCGUCACUGGCGGCUCCUAUGCUGCUGCUAUGGUCAUUUUACUAGAAAUAGCCAGCUCGAAGUACCGACUGCUGUCAGGAGUUCUCUUCUCAUAUGCGAUCUAUAUCGGCGAGUGCUUGUUCGCUUGCAUCGCCAUGUUCGUGCCUUACUGGAAGACCCUCAUCCGCAUCAUAAACGGUCCCCUCAUCUUCUUCAUCACCUACAUUUUCCUCGUCUACGAGAGCCCUAGAUGGCAAAUUGUAAGCGGCAGAAUAGAUAAGGCGAAAAAAACCAUGAAACGCAUUGCAAAAACUAAUAAUAUAAACAUAAAUUAUGAAGAAUUAGAAGCUAUGACAGACGUUGAAUUGAAAGAAAAGUUUGAUAUCAAUGAAGUUCAGGUUAAAGAGGGAUACGGAGAGAUAUUUAAGUCUAAAGUGAUACUGAUGAGACUGCUAGUGGCGGCAUCUUGUCGGUUCACAUCGAGUUUUGUAUACUACGGCCUGAUGAUAAACUCUGUAUGGCUGCCGGGAGAUAAGUACGUGAACUUUUUGCUGUCGACCGUGAUGUCGUUUCCAGGGGAAGUGAUAUCUUUGUACCUGAUGAACAAGAUUGGGAGAAAGGUGCCUUUGAUGGCUGGAUAUAUCGUGUGCAGCGUAGUGUGUAUUGUCUCGGCGUUGGUUCCGGAUCAAUACGAGUGGGCCAAAAUCACCCUGUUCCUGAUGUCCAGGGUGAUCAUAGCUGCGUGUUUCACGGGAGCCAUAACUUAUGCCAUGGAGUUGUUCCCCACGAGUGUGCGAGGGACCCUGCUGGGACUCGGCGCUGUAGCUUCCAGGAUCGGAGGCAUGCUGGCUCCACUCUCCCCUAUCUUGAAUACGGUAUCGACGGCCUUACCACUAACAUUUUUCGGCGUUGCUACUGCAGUCACAGGCGCACUGCUCUGCUUAACCCCUGAGACCAAGGGAAUGCCUCUCUUUGAUACCAUCAAGCAAGUGGAAGAAAGUGACAGAGUGAGAACAGUCAGACAAGAAGAGAAGAGAGAAAAUAAGAAUUCCUCUAGGGAGACUGUUGAUAGUAAUAUUUAAGUUAAGUUAGCUUUAAUAAUAAAUGGCUGAAUAAGAAUA